GAAUUAGGAUUCAAGUGAUCCAAAUUAUUCCCGUUGGCCAAGUCCGACCUAAGUCAUUCUCACUGUUGGCGACAACCUGAUUGAAAUCAAGAAUGCAUGGCUCGAAAGAGCGCUUGUUGUAGUCCAACUUCGGAAAACGGUAGUUCCACGCUAGAGACGCUAGAUGUCAGCAGUACUCGCCGUCCCGCAAUGACGUCGGUUGGGAAAAGUGGAGUCGAAUUCUUUAAUAGGUGUAUGAUCCGUAUUCAUUUUAAACAGUGCUGUCUUUUCCUAUGUUCGAAAGGAAGCACCUUUGCAUCUCUCCUUGACCCGAUAACGUUUUCCACAAAGGUUAAGGAAAGGAGGCAUAAAGGUUAGGAGAUUUGACUAUUCGAAGAGGACCCAUGGUUCCAGGGAUCUGACGUUUGCUUCAGCGAAAGAACCAAUCACAGAACGGGGGGGAGAGCAAGACGAUGACGACGUCUAUGCGACACACCGAAGCUUGUAGUUUGUUUAUAUCUAUGGAUCCAACAUGGCAGCAGAGGCGAAGUUACCUUUCGAUGCAGCUUUAGAAAGUGUGCCAAGUAGUUUCGAACGCAAGUUUAUUUGGAUAAAAUAGCAACUUUUCAGCUGGUCUAAUUUAUACGAUUUGCUAUGAGCUACGUACAGCAUCUGAUAGACAUUCGUAGCGCCCAAUAAACGGCUCUGGGCAUUCGUUAACCACGCCUCAAAUACGAGAAAAUGAAUGUGUGGUUCGCAGACCUCAAUGUAGAUUGAGGUGAGGUCUGGCGUUAGCCAGGCUAGCGAUCUAUAGGAAAUUAACAACCUUUAGUUGAUCUAUCUUCACCAGAAAAUAUUUAGAAGACGGUGUUUUGCAAAUCCCUUUUUACGAUUCAAUCAGCCAGAUAGCCGAUUCCACAGUCAACGUUAUCUUCCCUUUGACGUAUCAUAUGACGGGCAACAUUUCAGACCACUAUUAUUGGGAUUGCAAUGCUUCAUGGUGAACCACAAGUCAACUAAUCAGAAAACGUAUACGUUCACUAGCAAGAAUUGGCAUCUCGGUAUGUAUUUAUCAUGAGCCAUGUACUUAAAGACGAUACGGUAAUGUCUAAAGGCCAUGCUCCAGAGGAUCAGGAGAUAGAAACGGGAAGAACGUUAAAGGAAGAUUCACAUUAUGGACCGCAUCUUUCAUCAACUACCUUCGAAACAUCAGGGCCUGACACGCCCGGACUUCCUUGCUCAUCUCAGUCAACUCCCUCACCCUCUGAGGGAAGCGGUCUGCUGUCAUUACCGUGGGAAAUGGUGACUCAGAUCGCUUCUCAUCUUCCUGCCCAGUGUGUCAUCUCCGUGUUGCCGAAGGUGUGCCAAGCACUGGGUAACAUAGGCGAGGACAGCACCAGCUGGCAGCUGCGUGCUGGCAGGCUAACCGGUUCCAGGGUGAAAUUCCCUGUUGGUUCCAGGGAGGGUUACGACUGGCCCAAUGCCUGCCUGGAGAUGGAGGAUCUGAUCACCUGCUGGGAGGACCAGGCCGCCUGGGUGGACAGACACACCAAGGCCAGGGACGAUGGGACACAGGCUGUCCAAGGAGCAGAAGUCAGGGGGAAGGAGGAAAGGCGUGGAGAGGCAGACCAAGACGCCGAAGGCUUUGUGCUCGCAGAGCGUGCUGAGGAGCUAGGUGUUGACGCCGUGAUGGAGGUGGCCUUUGAGGGGAAGUUGGAGAUGCAGGCACAUGGACAAAGGGCUAAUUCAAAAGAGAGGAGGAGGAGACCAGAGGAGGCGGCCGCCGUGGCGAUGGUGAAGGAAGAACGAUGCAAUGAGAGGGGACCCCCGGAGGCCCCUGAGGGGUGCGGGAACGGAGGAGCCAACCCUCAGCUGGGCGGAGGCGGGGCGGAGCUAGGCGUGGAAGAGCCCGAGCCGUUGAGGCCUCUGAGCCCGACCCCAGCCCUGGAGCGCGUCCCUCUGCCCUCGACGGGCCACUAUGCCCAGGUGAAUUCCGUGCUGCUGAUCGGAGGCGAGGGGGCGGUGUGCGUCUCGGGCUCCAGGGACACCAACGUCAUCUUGUGGGACCUGCACGGUGGCAGAGACGCCACGCCCCACAUGCUGCGGGGCCAGGGGCUGGCGUCUAGCCACCGGGGCUGGGUGUGGUGCCUGGCCUCCCGGGGCUCGCUGCUCGCAUCAGGGAGCUUCGACAGCACUAUCAGACUGUGGGACCUGGGGGCCGGUGGGGCAGAGAGGGGCAGGAUCUCCACCAGCGCCCCUGUCCUGUGUUUGUCCUGCCAGCCAGACGUACUGCUGGCCGGGACAUUCAACAAGACCAUCAGCCUCUAUGACACCAGAUUGGCUGAGCCCCUGGUGAAGAGUCUUCAGCUACAUGGCAAGGCCGUCAUGUGUCUGGCUGCUGAUGAGCAGUACAUCAUUUCCGGGAGCCAGGACUACACGGUUGCCAUCUUUGACCGCAGGGCCGGCAAGACCUUAAAGAGACUACGGCUCCGGUCCUAUCUUCUGUCCAUGUGCUACCAAAAUGGCGAGGUGUGGGCGGGGGACAACAAGGGCAUCAUACACGCCUUCUCUGUGCGGUCGGGGGUCCUGAAGCCCCUGUCCCAGUUCGAUGUGGGACACACCUCCCUGGUCACAGGCAUCCACAAGUCCCCCGGGAGCCUGUACACCAGUUCAUCGGAUCGCACUCUAAAGGUACACAUUCCUUGUGCCCCUCCGAGGACGCUGUGCACACUGAAUUACCAAGAGGGAGUUAGUGGGUUGAGCGUGGAGUCGGGGGUUCUGGCCGUCGCUUCGGGAGAGACGUCUGUGGAGGUGUGGAGGCCCUGUAGAUGAGGGAGGGACCAUAUUCCAUUACCUCAUCAAAAGCAAACACUCCAGCCGAGAAGGAGGUAGCUCUGGAGACCGGGAAGAGACUAGUUGCCCUGGAACCUGAAUUUCCUGGAUCAGUUUGCCUCAUACAAAACUGUUGCUAGUGUGUGUAGCACAGUCAUACCGUUUUAAAGGUGAAAGACUUAAAAAGAUAGAGGAUUGUUAUAUUCAAGUUAUAAUUUAUUGAACAGAUGCUUUAGGUCCAUCACAGUUGCAAUUGCAAUUGCAUUUUUGAUACGCUGUGUCUUUAACAGUGAGUAAUAUGUGAAGACUGGACGCCUAACAUGUUCAUAUAUCUAUAUACACAGUUUACAGCUAGUUUACAGUAAGAUAUCUUUGAGAAUAACGUCCCAGAUGGUGUUUAUUACCACCAACUAGUAAAACAUUGUAACUAAUCAUGUAUUUCCCCACUGCUGUAUCGUUUUUCCACACAUUAUUUAUAGCACAUGUGAAGAUUGAAGUGAUGUACACAAUACCUUGUUCAACUUGAACUUUUUUUUUUUUUUUCUUUAACUUGCCUUAACUGAACUGCACUAGCCGUGUUCACAUUUAGCUUUUUUUGUAAUAGCGAAAAGUUGAGCCGACCGUUUUUUCAACAAAAAGAGAGCGUUUAUUCUAUCGCCUAGCAUGGAACCCAUUCUAGACCCGACUUUACACGCCAACUAUGUAUCCAGGCUAGAGCCCAUUAGACAUAUCGUAGAUCUCGACAUGUUCUGUAAUCAAAACUAAUAAUCGCUCCACCGGCACUUUCCCGAAUGAUUUGUCCACCACGGUCUUGUUUUGACAGUUGAGUUUCCUUCGAUGUUCCGCUUGUGAUUGGUCAGUUGCCAAAAAGACGAGUGACGUCGGACACUUUCUUCCUGAAAGUUGAACUUUUUUCAACGCUCCGUAUGGCAGAAAAAAACACUGGGAGAGGCGUUUAAAAAAAUGGCCGUGACUUUUUCCAGAAACGCUCUGCUCCAUAAAAUAUAAUGUAAAACAAGCGCUGGCAGAUUUAAAAAAAAAAAAAACGCUAGAUGUGAACACGGUACUCAACACUAUGGGUAAUAAAACAGACAUGAUUCUGA